GCCAUGGAGAUGGAUGAGGAUGACUGGAAAGAGUAUGGCGAAUUGCUCAAGCGAGAAGAUGGCGGCUCUUGUCCUUUAUCCAUUCGCAGUUAUUCCGUUUCUGGGUCUGUAUCAGCUCCGGGAUCCACGUCUAGCAUCACCGGCGUUUCGACGACGCUGUUGACUGUUACGGGUUCAGGCUCAGCUCCAACGAUAGCCGAGCCAUUAACGACGGGUAAUCCGCAGUCGACAAAGCUUGAGCCUUUAUCGCCGCUCUAUACUUCAUCCACGUUCGAGUCUUCGUCAGCACUCAGUCCCUCAUCCACACCCGAGCCUUCCCCAACAUCUUCGCCCUCCUCGACACCUCCAGCCCCAGCUUACAGCUGUGCCCCCUACGUCGAGGAUGAAACAGAAUGCACAUGUACGCCAACGAACUGUGCAAUUGCAAGCUCUGGGUGUAGUGCGGUAAUAAUGACGGUCGGCCAAAACGGGUGUGAUGCCUAGUGCAACGGAUGUCAGGUUUCUUCGGAGUCUCCGUCGACGUCGGUUUCCACGUACACAGGUAGUUGGGUUACUAGUGUGGUAUUUGACACCGUCACGGCGUCGCCCGCGCCGGUCACGCUGACGUCGGUGGUGGUUGUCACGGAGCAGCCCGAGCCGACGCAGGCGCUGACGCAGUGUUGUUUGUGAUUUCGCUUUCUCCUGUUCAUUAUCGCUACCGCUGGCCGGGCGUUUGGCCGUUUGCUCUUUAGUAAGUUUUCAGAGUCUUAAAUAAACAACUAAGACUACACAGUAAAACCUCGUUAGUAUAAUAGUG